AUGUCGCAGAAGGGAUUUCCAACCUUUGGCUCCUUCUGCCCUGCAAAGCUGAACAAAGAUCUGGAAGAUGGCAAUGUAGUUUUAAACCGGAUAAUGUCCCCACCUGAAUUUCGUCCCGCGUGCUCCUUCUUCCCUGCAAUGUUUAUCAAAGAUCUGGAAGGCGGCAGUGAAAAUACCUCAAGUGAGACUGCGGAGAAUGGUUUCAUUAAAGGACUUCCCAAAGACGACUCUUGGGACUACGAACUCAAGCAGCCAUAG